AUGGCCACCACCAGUUUUGGUUUCGUCACCAUUGUCAUAUGUUUCAUUAGUCUAUCGCCAUUUCCACUCUUAGGUGCAGCAGCCAGCCCUGAUCCAGGGUUCAGUUUAGAUCUUAUUCAUCGUGAUUCUCCUCUUUCCCCACUUUACAACCCAAAUCAUACCGAUUUCGAUCGCUUGCGCAACGCUUUUUCUCGUUCCAUAUCACGUGUCAAUGUCUUCAAGACUAAGGCAGUUGAUAUAAAUUCAUUCCAAAAUGACUUGGUACCAAAUGGUGGUGAAUACUUCAUGAAAAUGUCCAUUGGAACACCAUUAGUUGAGGUAAUUGUAAUAGCUGAUACCGGUAGUGACCUAACAUGGGUUCAGUGUCUGCCUUGCGAUCCAUGUUACAGGCAAAAAUAUCCUCUCUUCGAUCCAUCACGAUCUUCAUCAUAUCGUCACAUGUUAUGUGGGAGUCGGUUUUGCAAUGCAUUGGAUGUUUCUGAGCAAGCUUGUGCCAUGGAUACAAAUAUCUGUGAGUAUCAUUACUCAUAUGGAGACAAGUCAUACACGAAUGGGAAUCUUGCUACUGAGAAGUUUACCAUUGGCUCCACUAGCAGCCGUCCAGUUCACCUAUCACCAAUUGUGUUUGGCUGCGGUACUGGAAAUGGUGGCACGUUCGAUGAGCUAGGUUCUGGCAUAGUUGGCCUCGGAGGUGGCGCUCUUUCCCUAGUGUCACAACUGAGUUCGAUAAUUAAAGGCAAGUUCUCAUACUGUUUGGUGCCAUUAUCUGAACAAUCGAAUGUUACAAGCAAGAUCAAAUUCGGCACUGAUAGCGUCAUUUCCGGCCUCCAUGUGGUUUCCACUCCUUUGGUUUCUAAACAUCCUGAUACCUACUAUUACGUAACACUAGAGGCCGUUAGUGUCGGAAACAAGAGAUUGCCUUAUACUAAUGGUUUGUUAAAUGGUAAUGUUGAAGAGGGUAACGUUAUCAUCGAUUCAGGCACCACCUUAACUUUUCUUGAUUCUGAAUUCUUCACCGAAUUAGAAAGAGUGUUGGAGGAAACAGUGAAGGCAGAACGUGUUAGCGACCCUAGAGGGCUUUUCAGCGUUUGUUUCAGAAGUGCAGGAGAUAUUGAUCUUCCUGUCAUAGCAGUUCAUUUCACUGAUGCGGAUGUGAAGUUGCAGCCACUGAAUACAUUUGUCGAAGCCGAUGAGGAUUUACUAUGCUUCACUAUGAUAUCAUCCAAUCAAAUAGGAAUAUUUGGGAACCUGGCUCAAAUGGAUUUUCUAGUAGGCUACGACCUUGAGAAGAGGACAGUGUCCUUCAAACCCACUGAUUGCACCAAGCACUAG